AUGGAGUCUCUCGAAUCCCUCGGGUCUGUUGUCCCUCGACAGCUUAAUACUUGCACUGGGACUAAGCAGUGGUAUGUCUGCACGGCAGGCAACUAUCGUGGAUGCUGUUCAAGUGAUCCGUGUACGACAGGAAUUUGUCCGGACGAUGGCGAGGAGGACACACUCUCGUUGACCACAGCUGGGGUCAUUGGUCUGUUGCCAAGCGUGACGCCGAGAACCACUACUUCAUCCACAUCCACUUUGCCGGAAUCAACUACGGUCUCGUCAACGGAUGCGUCUACGACGGCAUCUAUUACUUCAGAGACAUCAACAGGUUCGGAGACGCCCACAUCCCCAGUGGCACUCGCGAUUUCACAAGCUUAUACAGGUUCUGACAUACCCAUGACCACAGAAUCUUCAGAUGUUACUGCGUUGUCCUCGGUUCUGGCCGCUAGCACGUCUCCAUCCAGCACUCCAACCAACACACCAAGUGCCACAUCCUCAAACCGGGGCGCGAUAAUCGGCGGUGUUGUUGGAGGAGUUGCAGUCUUGGUCAUAUGUGCCAUUCUGCUCUUCUGUUGCUGUCGGCGCAAGAGAAAAUAUGGGAAGCGAGAGAAGGGGUCAACUCUCGUCUCAUGGUACCAACAUGGAUUCAUGCGGAAAGAUCCAGCAAAUGCAUCCGAAAUGAAAGGGCCGCUAUCGCCAUCAGACAGCGAAGCACAUAACAUUGCAUUAACGAUAGACUCAUCGAGCGCCGCCUCCCCAUUCACCACAGACGACACACGGGCAAGCAUAAUUGUCACCCCAGACCUAGCAUUGGGGUCAUCGGCAACAAGCCCUAUCUCACACUCUCCCCACGAAACGCCCCCAGUCCCGCCAACCCAACCGCACUCAAACGAGCUGCUCGCUUCAGUCCCUCCCCGCCAAGGAUUCACCCCAGAACUACCAGACACGGGCUUCCAUCGCCUGCGCGCUGAACUAGCCUCCCACUCCCAGAGCGACCUAAUCAAUGUACCCAUAGAACAACGACAGCGACAGCAGGAUCAUAUCAAAUCGAGGACUGGUCCGCGGGCUUGGGAAUCGCCUGUCUUGGCGUCUAUACCUAGUUCACGUGCAAGCCCAGCAAGAGGAACCGAUAACGGCAGCGGCCACAGCCACAGCAAUAGCAACAGUGGUAGUCCGGGGAGAAACCAGGCUGGGCGGGUCAUCACUGCCGACGGAGUUAUCCUAAGCGCGAAUCUGGAUCGAUACUCCAAUGGCUUAGCAAUUGGAGAAUCCCUGGCCCAGGGGGAAAGGGGGAGGAGGGCUGAGCGUGGUGAGACAGAUCAUGUUAUGAGUUUUAUGCAGUAUGGCGGGAGGCUGGAGGAUCGGGACUUGGGGAAUGGGCUUGGAAUUGCAAGUGACCAUACUUCCGAUCUCCAGGGGCGUGACAAUAGUGUCUCCAGGUCGAGGCCCAGGCACGCGCAGCGCAGUUUGGAAGAUACGAUUGCAGCUGCGGAGGAUGAUGUCGACAUCCCGCCUGCUUAUGAGGCGGAAGAGGUCACCCCUGGGCAUGACAAUAAGUCUCCGUCUGGAAGGAUGGGUAUGAGCCCCAGAGGAGGGGUUUGA